AUGGAGAUGGUGGCAAACAGGAGCCACUUAAGAAAGCUUGUUUUAUGGCUAAUAAUGAUCGUUGAGUUAUUACUCUUUCUCUCAGCUUGCUAUGCAGAAAUCGCAGCCAGAAAAAUCCUGAAGGAUGGAAAUAGUAACCCUCUCGAAGUCGGGUUGCAAACAAGUGAUAAUUACGAAGUAGUUAUUGAUAAUGGACUUGUUGAAGUCACUAUCGAAAAUCCAUCUGGUUAUUUGACAGGAAUAAAAUAUAAGGGACUUGAUAAUGUGCUUGAAAGCAGAAACCAAAACUCUAAUAAAGGGUACUGGGACAUUGUCUGGGAUAACGGUGCCUAUGACAAAAUAGCAACAAAUCAUGUUAAGAUCAUAACACUAACUGAUGACUUAGUAGAGCUUUCCUUUACCAAAAUAUGGAAUUUUUCAACAGACCAUGGCAAGUCAGUUCCCUUAAACAUUGACAAAAGGUUCAUAGUCCGGCGAGGCGUUCCGGGGCUCUAUAUGUAUGGUAUUUUUGAGCGCCAGGAGGAUUUUCCGGAUGCUCAUAUGUACCAAAUAAGGACUGUUUUCAAGCUUAAUGAAGACAAGUUUCGAUUCAUGGCGAUAUCAGACACCAGACAAAGGGCCAUGCCUAGGGGAGAAGAUCGAGAUAAUACUCGCAGUCAGACUCUUGCCUUCAAAGAAGCUGUUCUAUUGACCAAUCCAUCCAAUCCACAAUUUAGAGGAGAGGUAGACGACAAGUACCAAUAUUCUAUUGAGAACAAAGACAACAAGCUACAUGGGUGGAUAUCCGAUGAUGAAGCCGUGGGGUUCUGGGUAAUCACCCCCAGUAAUGAGUUCAGAACUGGUGGCCCACACAAGCAGGAUCUCACUUCACAUGUUGGUCCCACUGCUCUCUCCAUGUUCGUUAGUACUCAUUAUACCGGAACCGAUAUAGACACAGCAUAUGGGAAAGGAGAGGCUUGGAAAAAGGUUCUUGGUCCUGUUUUUAUCUAUCUUAAUUCUGCUUCUUCCGAUGAUGAUUUCCGCAAGAUACUCUGGAAUGAUGCCAAAAGACAGUUGAGUGAAGAAAUUGAAAGCUGGCCGUACAAUUUCACUCGAUCAGAAGAUUUUCCUCAUGCUGAACAACGAGGAGAAGUUAGCGGUCAAUUGCUAGUGCGAGACCGAUACAUAGAUAAAGAGUUAGUGCAGGCACAAUCAGCCUUUGUGGGGUUGGCAGCGCCUGGAUAUGCAGGAUCGUGGCAAACAGAAGGAAAGGGCUAUCAAUUCUGGACUCAAGCAGAUAAGACUGGCCGUUUCGAUGUAAAAAAUGUCCGACCAGGGGAGUAUAAUUUGUAUGCAUGGGUCUAUGGUUUCAUUGGAGACUACAAAUUAGAUCUCAACAUCACUAUCCAACCAGGAAACAAGAUCAACUUGGGUACCCUUGUAUAUGAUCCUCCAAGAAAUGGCCCUACAUUGUGGGAAAUCGGGAUACCUGACCGGACAGCUGCCGAGUUCUUCAUACCGGACCCAUACCCAACACUUGCGAACUCAUUGUGCAUCGAUGAGGCGGACAAAUUUAGACAAUACGGAUUGUGGGAACGUUACUCAGAUAUUUAUCAUCGCGGUGAUCUUGUCUACACUUUGGGCGUUAGCAAUUAUUCUCAGGAUUGGUUCUUUGCUCAUGUUCUCAGGAAUGUGGGAAACAGUACAUACCGGCCAACCACAUGGCAGAUUAAAUACAAUCUCGAAGAUGUGAACGAGACAGGAAAUUACACUCUCCAAGUCGCCUUGGCUGCAUCAUCUAAUGCUGAAUUACAGGUUCGAUUCAACAAUCCAGAAGCUGUUUUACCUUAUUUUACAACGACGAGAAUAGGUUACGAUAAUUCGGUAGCAAGGCAUGGAAUUCAUGGAUUGUACAGAUUGUAUGGUAUUGAUGUACCUGGUAAUAUAUUGCAGAAAGGGGACAACACAAUCUUUCUAACUCAGACAAGAAGCCAGGGCUUAUUCAACGCAGUUAUGUAUGACUACAUUCGAUUAGAAGGACCUACAGUUUAACCAAUUACUCAAGUAAAAAUAGAAGAUGGUUUGUAGCAUUCUUUAAGGUUGUAAUGAUCAUAGGCGUGGGUAUAGCGAAUUUUGGUUCAAGCCUGAUUAUGGCUAAAAUGCAUCGUUUGGUAGUAAAAUGAGAAA